CGUUGCUCCCCCUUCUGGCUACACCUUGGACUUCGCUCCCCCCACUGGCUGCGCAGUCGCUGUCGCUUUGUUCCCGUGCUCUGCCUUGGAUGUCACCCUUAGCUAUGCAGAAGAGAUGACUCCAUCUUACUGCCUGGUAGAACAUGUUGCGUUUCCUGCUGGCUACGCUAAGGGUAGCGCUCCCAGUGAACCUUGUUGGCCUAAGGGCCCUUAUCAACUAAGAAACAUCUCGCCUGGCUAUCCAGGACCCCUUCUUUACUAUAUUUUGCACUUCGGGACACACAUUAAGGGGGAGGGGUUGGUUCUGUAAUGGUAGCUCCAAUGGGCUAAUCACAUGUCACUAAUCACAGGCACCUGUGUCUCUUUAUACCUUGUUAGUACCACCAGUUAAGUUCUAGUUUUUAAGUGUUUCACCAUCAAUUUUUUUGUGGCUGUUUUAAUGGUUGUAGUUGUUGUCUGUUGUCGUGUAUGCCACAGUAUUGCUUAUAGCCUGUAUAUUCUUUUCUUCCUGUCCACAGUUCAUGUUUAUGGUUCAUCUUUUCACAGUUUUGCUUGUUUUGUUUUGUUUGUACUUUAUACAAUAAUUAUUCACACUUGCAUCUACCUCCCUCUACCACUCCUGCCAGGGACCAAUGAGCUCAAGCAUACUGAAUUAUAUAAAUACCAUGAAACUUUUCCCCAGACCCGUUUUUACCCUUUUGGCAGAAGAAGUGUACUGGAUCCCUUAUACAGCAUUACAGCAUUAUUGCAGAAGAACUCUACAGUAUUGGAACACUGGAAGUACAGUUCUAGUCUCACUUUAAGUACGAUUAUAAUGUCACUUUAAUGAUUUUGGACACUUUAAAUAACAACUUGAAAGACUACUGGACAACAGAGUGAUAAUUCUUUAUUGAAGAUAACAUUUUAAAACAACUUUAAACUACUAAGCAGAGAGGAAAAUGGCUCAAAAUGUUUCCAGAAAAACAAUCAGUGAAUUUGUUAUUACAGGAUUUGACCAUUUUGAAAAACCAAUGAUUCUUGGAAUUGUCGUACUUACUGUAUAUAUUCUAAUAAUGCUUGGUAACCUUGCAAAUAUAUGCCUCAUUGUUAUGGACAAAUGUCUGCACCAGCCAAUGUAUCUCUUCAUCUGCAAUUUAGCAAUCGUAGACAUGCUGUACUGUACAUGUUCAUGUCCAACUAUGAUAGGGAACCUUUUAAUUGGUGUUAAAACCAUCUCUUAUGUACCAUGCAUUAUUCAGAUGUUUGUGUUUGGUUUAGGUUUUGUGAUGGAGGUGUUUACAAUUUCUGUCAUGGCUUUUGACAGAUUACUUGCCAUAAUCAAACCUCUGCACUACCAUACUAUUCUGACAAAUGUACGUUCUGUUAUUCUCACUUUCUCGCUGUGGAUUCUUGGUUCUGCUACAGUAGCUGUCAUGCCUGGAACUGUUCUUCCGCAACCUUUCUGUUACACUACACUUAAAUUCAUAUUUUGUGACUAUGGAUCUGUUGUCAGAGCCACUUGUGUAGAUCCUAACCCAUAUUUUGAUUUGAUGGCAAUUUUAACUUUCUUUCUGCUGUUUGGAACAUUCAGUUUCAUCUGUGGCUCUUACAUAAUGAUAGUUAUAGUCAUUGUCAAAAUGCCCUCAAAGGGUAGCAAGAAAAAAGUGUUCAACACAUGCUUUAGUCAUUUGAUAGUUGUAGUGUGCUAUUAUGGCCCUACUUUUCUUAUAACCAUUUUAACUAGGACAGGUAUAGUUCUCACAAUAGAGGAGCGACAUGGGUUCAGAAUUGGCACAAUUCUUGGUCCAUCCUUGGUAAAUCCUUUCAUAUAUUCUUUUAGAACCAAAGAGAUCAGAAACAAAAUCUUGAGAAUUGUGUCUAAAGUUGGACCAAGCAAAGAAUAAUGUGGGGAUAAAUAUGCUGUUUUGACUUUCUUUUCACAUUUACGUAAAAACUGAGUAAAGGCUCAUAGGCCCACAAAACAUACAAAAUGUAAACCAGUGUAGUGUGUAGUAUUCUCAACAACAGAUUUCAGUCUUCAGUAAUCUUCAUGAAUGAACCAUUCAUGAAUGACUGCUAACAUUGCUAAGACAUUUCACAUUGGUGAUUUUGAUUACAUGACUUUCAUUCUGUAAAACCAAUGAGAUAAAAAGCUUUUUUGUCACCAUGGGCCAAUUUAUACAAUUGCUUGUAAUGACAACAGCAUAAAUUCCUUCAUGGCAAAAUUUUCUAUUGUAAUAUACCUGUAUGUACCAUUGACUGCCAUAGUCUUAUCAUACUUGGGUAUUUUGUUGGCCUUUUCUAAGACUAAGAUAACAUGGGAGGGUCGUCUUAAACCACUCAAAACUUAAACCACUCAAAACUCAUCUGUUGAUAGUAGGAGUAUUUUUCCUUCCUGUAUUGAGUAUGUACCUUGCUGCUGUAACUUUUUCUCUUCAUCCUAAUGCUAGGUUAAUAAAUACUUCAUGAUCAUUAAUCAUUCCACCUAUGUUAAAUCCCAUCAUUUAUGUCUUGAACACAAAUGAAUUCAGGGGUAUGUGUAUGUAAGAUUGGAAUGGAAUGACACCCUGCACUUACACCAACCAUUUUUGGAUAAGACUGAAGAUUGGUGAUUUAUUGGUUCCUCUGUUUGAAAACAUACAUUGACAACAUACAGACAAAGGUCUUUGAAUCUCAUUCCAGAUAUAGUCCCCCCUUUCGUACUAUAAUAACCUCCAUUAUUCUGGGAAAUAUUGUGUACUAGAAUGAACUUUUCACACACUAUUCAUGUUGACAAAUUAUUCAUCAGCUCAUAACC